AUCUAUUGGAGUUCUCGAUAGAACACUCUGUUUGGGUUUUAGUUUGCAGUGGUUGGUGGGGGUUGUAGUCUUUAAAAACUAACUUUGCUUUAGAUUGGUAGGUUUCGAUACGGUGGCCGAUGGGAGAUGUAGUAUUGUGUCUUGUUCCGGGCCGGUGGUCGUUACCUCUCGUCAUCUAGUUAGGUUGUGGCUAGGGCCCUCGGGAGCUGUGAGUCUCCUGCGGCUCUGCAUGGCCGGGAGCUACAGACUGCUUACUGCCUCUUUAUAUCAGCUGUUGCUGAGGGGCCAGGGCCGGGGAGUCGCUCUGCGCAGUGCGGGGAGGACCAGGCCGGAGAGCUACGGGGGGCGGGUGGGGAGACAACCCGCAGCGGACAGGAGGCCCUUCAGUACCACGCAGGGGAAUUACACUUCAUAUCAAGAAGAGUUGUAUCCUCCCUUACCAGAGUAUGAGCCACACUCUAUAGCAGACCAAGUAGCUAAGAUGUUCAUUGUGCGGGUACGAGGGCUGCCUUGGUCUUGCACCGCUGAUGAUGUGCUCAAUUUUUUUGGUGAGUGCAACGUACGAAACGGAGCGGAAGGGGUGCAUUUCAUCUUCAACAGAGAUGGAAAACCCAGAGGGGAUGCUGUUAUUGAGUUUGAGUCUGCAGAGGAUGUGCAGAAAGCAGUGGAACAGCACAAAAAGUACAUGGGCCAGCGCUACGUGGAAGUAUUUGAGAUGAAUCAGAAAGAGGCGGAGUCUCUAUUAACUCGUAUGCAUGCUGCACUGUCGCCUACAAGGCCCGCUGCCCUAUCUCAGUCUGCUCCAUCUUCAAUGUCUUCUCCGGCAAGUGAUGGAAUCGUAAGGCUUCGUGGUCUUCCUUACAGUUGCAGUGAGCAAGACAUCCUGAACUUUUUUUCAGGUUUGGAGAUAGCAGAUGAAGGGAUAACAUUUAUUUUGGACCAGCGGGGAAGGAAAUCUGGAGAAGCUUUUGUACAGUUUGUUUCUCAGGAAAAUGCUGACCAGGCACUUCUCAAACACAAGCAAGAAAUAGGCAGCAGGUACAUUGAAAUAUUUCCCAGCAGAAGAUCUGAAAUUCAGACUGCACGUUUUCCAUUUAGACGGAGGAAAGGAGUAACUUUUGCCCCAACUAUAAAAGAGCUUUAUGACCCAGAUAAUUGCAUAAAUAAUUCUAGCAAAGAUUUGCUAUCUGAAGCUGUACCAGACAAUGAUCACAUGAAUGAUUACGUAAAGGAUAUCUCUGCAAAGACAAUGGAUGUUCAUGACUACACAGUUAUGUCUCCGGUCCAUGAUAUCCAUAUACGGGGCCUUCCAUUCCAUGCUUCAGGGCAGGACAUUGCAAAUUUUUUCCAUCCUGUGAUGCCUUUGAAAAUAAACAUUGAAUACAGUGCAGAUGCAGGAGGUGCCACAGGAGAAGCAGUUGUGCGAUUUUUAACACAUGAAGACGCAGUUUCUGCCAUGGCAAAAAAUCGAUGUCAUACCCAACAUGGAUAUUUAGAGCUUUUUCUUAAUUCAUCUCCAGAUGGUAAAUGAAAUAUGUUCCAGAAAUUGUAUUGCACACAACUACAUUAAUAAAGGGCAUCCUUUCCUGGAAAUUAGAUGGAUCUUCUCGAACAGCCAUUCAACAAAUCCGUUUGUUUCUAACAAAUUGAUAUCUUUACAAAUGGGGAAAAAAAAAAACAUUUUAGUUUGGGGUUAGCCUGCUGAAUGUUAAUCAUAAUAGCAUUGUUAAUCCAGCAGGCAUUCAGUAUCAUUUUGGCAAGCGCCGAUUCAUUAUUUGGUUGCAAUGAGUUGGUAGGAAAAGUUCCUUCCUCUGCCGCAGGUUCAAUUCUCUCAUUUUGCAAAAUAUUCUAAACCAGCAAUUUUUUUGUUAUUUUUAUUUUGCAUUAAAGUGCCUAAGUUAAUACAGAGAAUGUGAUGUGUGUAAGACCUUUUUAACGUGUUGGGUUUCUGCACAACAAAUAAACGGUAUAAAUUAUAAAAAAAAUGAAAGUAUUCAAAUUCGGGAUUGAAGGGUCAAUAGGAAGAUCUGUUUAUAUCCAUAAAAGUUUACAAGACUUAAUUCUCCCAUGUAGCUGUAAACCGCAUAGAUACCGCUUGUUAAAUUAUACAGUGAACCAUCAAUGUUCAUUGUUCGUCUUCCAGAAUGAAUGUUUGUUUCCUCCUCGUCGGUGUGGUGGGUUUGUUCUUUACAUAUUUGAUUUGCAACAAAUUAUCAAUUUAUUAAAACCGUUUCAUGAGUACAGUUGUAUUUUGUUUUGGGGGAUGGAACUAAAUAAAUACAACAACAUUUA